AUGCCUCUGUUCGUCGAGUUCGAACGUGUCAUCGUAAUCGGUACACUUCGCAGUCCUGACGAGCAGGAAGCAAUCUCCCGGGGUUCGUUGAUGACAGGGUUUCAUCUUCAUUUUGAAUUCACGAAGGCACCGGCGAAAGAACGUGACAAUGCCGAGAAAUCCUCGAAAGGAAGCGAAGCAGACACCGGGGCUUUCCACAUACACCUCAAGGCUAUUCAAAGAGUGGUGGCAGAAAGCUUUGCAAGUGCACUUAUUAUGGAGGAAACCGUCGACUGGGAUGUCAACCUCAAAAUGCAACUAAAGGGGCUCGCAUCGGGCAUGAGAUUGAUGCAGGAAAGCAACGCAUCCGCGGCACUGCCGUAUGGGGAUCGUUGGGACCUCCUCUGGCUGGGACAUUGUGGAAUGAGAUGUGCGGCCGCUUCCAGUUUCCUUUUGGCACCGCAUGAUAUAACAGCAGUUCCAAGUCGACAUCUGAUGUCAUACCGCAGGGAGCCCCCUGCAGGCGUCAAGAAUCAAAUGCGCCUGGCUUGUCAAAUUGAAGAGGCCGUGGGUAGUGUAGCGUACGCUGUCACAAACGAAGGGGCACAAAAGCUUCUCACCGCUCUCCUAGAGGUCGCCCCCAAGCAAGAGGAACGGUUCGAUGUGGUGGCCAGUCGACUGUGUCAGACCGAAGUCUUGAGCUGCUUCUCUACUUACCCUGCUAUCAUGGGUAGAAGAAGCGUCGACUGUGAAAAAGGACAGAAGGACUCGAACGCUGUUGAUUUGAAUGAAGACUGCCCAUCUGGAGUUAUGUUCAGUACUCUCGAUAACUUGGACAGCUUAUCAAACAGCACAUCAAAAGUGAAGUCUGCUUAUCAAGAUGCAGUGAUCAAAGAAAUUGACCCGGCUCAAUUCGAGGUGCCGCAUACGAUGUUCAAAUGGCGAGAUGACCGAGGAGAACACGAAAUAAGUCUAUGA